AAAGUUGAUUUUUGAGGGUUUUGGAGUACCCCGAACAACUUACCUUCAAACCCUAGUCCUCAUCUAGUUGCUCCUUGCUCCUUGCUCCUUGCUCCUUGCUCUCUCAGCUGAAGAGAAGGAUUUUCUCUCUGUGCGCAGGCCACCAUUUUUUAGCUUAGCUUUACGGUUAGCCAAUAUGUAUUCAACAAAGAAGAAAAUCCUCAAGGAUAACAAUGCCGACCCUACUGAGUUUGAGGAGACAGUUGCACAGAACCUGUUUGAUUUGGAGAAUACCAACCAGGAACUGAAAAGCGAUUUGAAAGAUCUUUACAUUAACUCAGCUAUCCAAGUAGAUAUCUCUGGAAACCGCAAGGCUGUAGUUAUCUAUGUUCCCUACAGAUUGAGGAAGGGUUUCCGCAAAAUUCAUUUGCGCCUUGUUAGGGAGUUGGAGAAAAAGUUCAGCGGAAAGGACGUUGUCAUUGUUGCAACCCGAAGGAUUGUGAGGCCACCAAAGAAAGGCUCUGCUGCCCAGCGUCCUCGCACCCGUACCCUUACUGCUGUCCACGAUGCCAUUCUGGAGGAUGUCGUUCAUCCUGCUGAGAUUGUUGGCAAGCGAAUUAGAUAUCGAGUUGAUGGCUCCAAGAUAAUCAAGGUUUACCUGGAUCCAAAGGAGCGCAACAACACCGAGUACAAGCUGGAGACAUUAUCAGGUGUUUACAGAAAGCUUACUGGUAAGGAUGUUGUGUUUGAAUAUCCAAUCACAGAGGCUUAAGUUACUAGCAUGCCAUUACUGGAAAGAUGUGUUAUGUUGCCGUUACUUCAUUUUAGAAGCUUUCAUUUGAAUUUUUCGGAUAGGUACUCUUGAAAAUUUUGACUUGCGAGAUUUCAUAUUUUGAUUCAGACAAUUAAGCGAAAUAUUUUUCUCUUAUUUUCUUCUUAUUCAUCCUACUUAUCAUAUAAGAGGCUAAGUCCUUGCUUGGAAAUUCGUAUAAACACUCAAGUUAAUUCCACUUGUGUCCUCUUUUCUUA